AUGGCGCCCAAGGACACCGUCCUCGAUCUCGCGCGAUGCAUCGAUCGCGGGGUGCGGGUGAAGCUCAGCGGUGGACGCGAGGUCACGGGGACGCUCAAGGGGUACGAUCAAUUGUUAAACUUGGUUCUCGACGACGCGAUCGAGCACGUGCGAGAUCCGGAGGAUGCGAUGCGGAUCACGGCGGUGACGCGACGGUUAGGGUUGAUGGUGUGUCGAGGGACGAGCGUCAUGGUGGUCUCCGCGUUGGAUGGGUGCGAUGAGAUCAGUAAUCCGUUCUUGGGAGAGGGGGGGGGGGCGGUUUUGUGA